AUGAAUGCGUUAUUCUCGGGUCCGGAAGAAUCGUGCACCGCUUCUAACCAUGUCAAACAACAUCAUAUUGAUCAUAUUGAUCGCCCGAAAACAAGCUGCAGUGAGAAGAAAUGCAUUCAGCGUUCGCAUUUUGCUUCAACAAAAUGCACCAGAGUGGUCAAGUUAUACAAACCUUACGUUCACAGAGCAGUUCAAUGCAAAAUUCCAGACCAACAUUGUGAUCAUGAAGAAACUAGUUCCGAACACCUGUAUCCUUCUCCGAAUGAUCACGUUCAAAAACACAAUCAUGAUCAAAGCUCUAAUUUGUAUUCAUCACCAAUGAAAUCAAAACACGAAUCUAAAGGCCAGUGUAGAUGUUCCACCAUAUGGUGUUACCGCAGCAUUCUAGCAAUCUACAAGAACUACGGAAAACUAUACAAAGGAAAUGUUGAUGUGAAAAUUCCAUGCGGAUGCGAUUGUAGAAAGCACAACAAUCACAAUUUCCCAUUACUUUAG